AAGUAAUUCAAAUUGUUCAUGAAAUUGUUGAAAUUGGUGAAGUUGUUGAAAGUGAAGUUGUUAUAGGUGAGAAGAGUCUUAUUUCAGUGUUGAUUUAAUAACAUUUGGAACAUUUGAUCGUUAACAUUUUGGUUAAUUGCUAAUGCGUUAACUCUGUUGGGAUUUGUUAAAUUGCAUGUGAACAGAUACGAUGGACGGUGAAGAUCGUACGCCUGGACCCGUUGACCCUUCUGUGCUUACACUACAGGGCACACACCGCAGCGUUGCCGUAUGGGAUCAGACGGUUGAUCCGGCAAAGCAGCUCGUUUGCAGGCAUUACACCACCAGGUUCAUGGUGGGGUGGGGAAUCGAUCCUCGCGUUUUGGCGUACGUCGAGUUUGUCGGUUUAGGUGGUUUUCACCGUAUGGCGUAUAGGGAGAUCGAUCGAGCGCUUGUCACUGCGCUCGCGGAGAGGUGGAGACAGGAGACGCACUCCUUCCACCUACCUGUUGGUGAGACGACCGUUACUUUACGGGACGUGGCGAUUCUUACGCGCCUUCCAGUACAUGGGUCUGCGGUGACAGGACACGCGUUAGUCGAUCCCGUCGGUUUGGUUGGUCGGGUACUUGGUGUCCAGCCAGGUCCCGCCGAUAUUAGGGGAUCCGGGUUGAGGACCGGCUGGGUCCGUGAGACUUUCCGUGAGCUACCACCAGGGGCUGAUGACGCCCAGGUUCAGAGAUACGCCCGGGCGUACUUUUUCUUCCUCAUCUCGGGCGUGUUGUUCGGGAAUAAGAGCGGGAGCCAUCUCCAGCUCAUUUACGUGCAGCUGUUGGACCACGACUGGGAUCAUAUCCGAGGCUACAGUUGGGGUAGCGCCUGUCUGGCGACGUUGUAUCGCCAGCUGUGCAGAGCAUCCCACGUAGGUGCUAACGAGAUUGGAGGUCCCCUGAUUGUCCUCCAGUUCUGGGCUUGGGAGCAUAUCCAUGUAGGCAGACCAGGCAGACCUGCGAUACACCGUCGGGGGGAGCAGGACCAGGACGACCAGUACCAGGCGUACGAUGCUCCCCCGCUCCCUACACCGGAUGAGGCAUAUGGUUGCAGGUGGGUGGUACCCAGGCUGACACAUGCUCAUGCGGCGAGGGGUCUUCCGUAUUACCGAGACGCCCUAGACCGACUCACCGAGGACCAGGUGACAUGGGACCCGUAUGUACCUGACUUGGUAGAUGCCAUGCCUCCACAUCUGCUAGACCAUCAGGCGGAGUGGCGUGCUAGGGUCCCCCUGAUCUGUUUCGAGGUUGUGGAGAGUCACCUGCCCGACCGAGUCAUGAGGCAGUUUGGACUACGCCAGACUAUCCCACAGGGGUGUGACACUAGUGUACAGCUUCACGGCAUUGAUCGUCGGGGAAAGGGGGAGACCAGCUGGGCGCUGGAGCAUUGGCGUUUCCUUCAGCUAUGGGAGCAACGGUUGGAGUUCAUCGUUGGAGGUGAUCUAAUGCAGGGGGCUAUGGAUCCCGACGAUCCGUACAUGGUGUGGUACAGGCGUAUCACACGACGCUCAUCAACCCCAGCUACGCACCACCAUCCACACAUUACCAUCCAGCAUAUGACAUCAUUAGCGGAUAUGCGGCGGAUAUGGUGGCGAUGGUUGAUGCGCUAUCAGUCUCCCUUGAGUGCGGACCCACUAGAGCCCAGGUCGAGCAGGUGCGAGAUAUGGGCGUCGCUACCUUACGGAGAUAUGGUCACGCUCAUCUCGCCCACCGGCGGGACGGUCAUGAUGGCAACUCACAGUUUGAUCUCGGCCAGAGCAGCGGUGGAUGUGAUCCUACGUCACCCAGACACGCAGAGGAUUACAACAUCCACAGUACUGCGCCCUCUGGUACCCAGGAGGACCCCUCGUCCAGUCAGCUGACUCCCCCACCGCCCCGAGACCCAUUCACCACAGUCACUCA